UAGUGGGCAGGUACAGUUGAACUUGAUCUCAAAGGUUUUUUCCAACAAAAUGGUCGUAUGAUCCCACCAUUGAUCUCUUGGCUGAGAAUUGAACGUGGAGCUGCCCCACACGAUAGUCGUGGCUUGCAGGGCUCUCUAUCAGCCUGAGAGGCUGCAGUGUGGGACCUGCUUUGCAUCUUGUUUGCUUGCUGAGCUGGAUUCCUUGGUGCUGCAUCCCCUUGAGUGAGACCCAGACCCAUGUAUGGCAUCAUCCCCCGGGAAUCUGAGCCCCUCAUGGAUAGAAGCAGGGUUUCCAGUCCCUUAUCCAUUAAUAACCUCGACUGGGAGCCUGCAGUAUGCUGGCUGCACCUUCGAGGAGGACGGCGACCCAAAUGAGUGUGAAUACAGCCAUGGCGAGGAUGAUGACUUUGGGUGGGAACUCAUCCGCAGUUAUAUGAUGCCACACCUGACAGCUGACCUGCCUCAUGGCUCCUACCUGAUGGUAAACUCCUCACAGCACGCCCCGGGCCAGAAAGCUCACCUGGUCUUCCAGACACUGAGUGAGAAUGACACCCACUGCCUCCAGUUUAGCUACUUCAUGUACAGCCGGGAUGGCCACAGCCCUGGCACCCUCAGCGCCUACGUCCGGGUGACUGGGGGCCCGGUGGGCAGCGCCGUCUGGAACGCCUCUGGCUCCCACGGCCGUCAGUGGCACCAGGCAGAGUUGGCCGUCAGCUUGUUCUGGCCCAGCGAGUACCAGGUGCUCUUCGAAGCAGUUGUUUCCAGUGAGCGCAGGGGCUAUCUUGGCUUGGAUGACAUUUUGGUCUUGAAUUAUCCAUGCUUGAAAGCGCCUCACUUCUCCCGCCUGGGUGAUGUGGAGGUCAAUGCGGGGCAGAACGCCACCUUCCAGUGUGUGGCUGCAGGCAAAGCCUCCGAGGCUGAGUGGUUCCUCAUGCAGAGGCAGAGUGGUGAGGUGGUCCCUGCUGCCUCUGUGAAGCACAUCAGCCACCGGCGCUUCCUGGCCACCUUCCAGCUGGACGAGGUGUCCAAGGAGGACCAGGACCUGUACCGCUGCAUCACUCAGUCCAGCCGUGGCUCGGGCGUCUCCAACUUCGCUGAGCUCGUUGUGAAAGAGCCCCCCACACCCAUCGCGCCCCCCCAGCUGCUCCGGGCUGGCUCCACCUACCUAAUCAUCCAGCUCAACACCAACUCCAUUACUGGCGAUGGCCCCAUAGUACGCAAGGAGAUCGAGUACCGCAUGACCUCAGGGCCCUGGUCGGAGGUCCACGCUGUCAACAUGCAGACCUACAAGCUCUGGCAUCUGGAUCCAGACACGGAGUAUGAGAUCAGCGUCCUGCUCACCCGGCCUGGUGAGGGGGGCACCGGCAAACCGGGGCCGCCCCUCAUCAGCCGCACCAAGUGUGCAGAACCCAUGCGGGCCCCUAAAGGCCUGGCGUUCUCUGAAAUCCAGUCCAGGCAGCUGACGUUGCAGUGGGAGCCACUGGGCUACAACCUGACCCGCUGUCACACCUACACUGUCUUGCUCUGCUACCGCUAUUUUGUGGGCACUGGCCAUAACCAAACCUUCCGGGAGUGCGUGAAGAUGGAGCGGAAUGCCAACCGUUACACCAUCAAAAACCUGCUGCCCUACAAGAACGUCCACGUCAAGCUCAUCCUCUCCAAUCCUGAGGGUCGCAAGGAGGGCAAGGAGGUGGUAUUCCAGACGGAUGAGGAUGUACCUGGUGGCAUCGCCUCGGAGUCCCUCACCUUCACCCCACUGGAAGACAUGAUUUUUCUGAAGUGGGAGGAACCAGUGGAACCCAACGGCCUCAUCACGCAGUACGAGAUCAGCUACCAGAGCAUUGAGUCUUCAGACCCAGCAGUCAACGUUCCUGGCCCUCGGCGCACAGUCUCCAAACUACGCAAUGAGACUUACCAUGUCUUCUCCAACCUCCACCCUGGCACCACCUACCUCUUUUCGGUCCGGGCCCGCACUGGCAAGGGUUUUGGCCAGACGGCGCUCACUGAGAUCACCACCAACAUCUCUGCUCCUACCUUUGACUAUGGGGACAUGCCAUCGCCGCUGAGCGAAUCUGAGAGCACCAUCACAGUGCUGCUGCGGCCGGCACAGGGCAGAGGAGCUCCCAUCAGCACCUACCAGGUGAUUGUAGAAGAAGACCGGCCCAAGAAGCUCAAGCGGGAGCUAGGUGGGCAGGAGUGCUUCCCAGUGCCACUGACUUUCGACGACGCCAUGUCCCGUGGCUCCGUGCACUAUUUUGGGGCUGAGCUGCCUGCCAGCAGCCUCACUGAAGCAAAAGCUUUCACUGUGGGGGACAACCAGACCUACAGUGGGUACUGGAAUCCACCCCUGGAACCCAAGAAGGCGUAUCUCAUCUACUUCCAAGCCAUGAGCAACCUUAAAGGGGAAACACGGCUGAAUUGUGUCCGGAUCGCCCGCAAAGCUGCCUGCAAAGAGAGCAAACGUCCCUUGGAGGUGUCGCAGCACUCGGAGGAGAUGGGCCUGAUCCUGGGGAUCUGUGCUGGAGGGCUCAUCGUCCUGAUUAUCCUCCUGGGAGCCAUCAUUGUUGUCAUUCGGAAGGGAAAACCCGUCAACAUGACGAAAACGACCAUUAACUACCGCCAUGAGAAGACACAUAUGAUGAGUGCCAUCGACAGGAGCUUCACUGACCAGAGCACGCUGCAGGAGGAUGAGCGCCUGGGGCUCUCCUUCAUGGACACCCACAACUACAGCAACCGGGGUAAGGAGGGAAGCAGCGUAGUCAAUGAGUCCAGCAGCCUGCUAGGGGGCUCUCCCCGCCGCCAAUGUGGCCGCAAAGGGUCCCCAUAUCACACUGGGCAGCUUCAUCCUGCUGUGCGGGUGGCAGAUCUCCUCCAGCACAUUAACCAGAUGAAGACGGCAGAAGGCUACGGCUUCAAGCAGGAGUAUGAGAGUUUCUUUGAAGGCUGGGAUGCUUCCAAGAAGAAAGACAAGACCAAAGGGAGACAGGACCACGUGUCAACAUAUGACCGCCACCGAGUGAAACUGCACCGCGCUGCGGGUGAUCCCAACUCAGACUACAUCAACGCCAACUACAUCGAUGGCUACCACAGGUCCAACCACUUCAUAGCCACUGUAGGGCCCAAACAGGAGAUGGUGUAUGACUUCUGGCGCAUGGUGUGGGCAGGAGGCAACUGUUCCGGCAUUGUGAUGAUAACCAAGCUGGUGGAGGUGGGCCGGGUGAAAUGCUCCAAAUACUGGCCGGAUGAGUCUGAGAUGUACGGGGACAUCAAGAUCACCCAGGUGAAGAAGUCGGAGACCUUGGCCGAGUACGCCGUUCGCACCUUUGCUCUUGAGAGGAGGCUACUCUGCUCGGCAAAUGAAAGUGAAAGGCAGUUCCACUUCACGUCGUGGCCCGAGAACGGUGUCCCCUACCACGCUACGGGGCUUGCUGGCCUUAUCCGCAGGGUGAAGGCGUCCACGCCGCCUGAAUGCUGGCCCGCCAUCGUCAUCCCACUUGCUGGCACGGGGAGGACUGGCUGCUACAUCGUCCUGGAUGUUAUGUUGGACAUGGCUGAGUGUGAGGGUGUCGUGGACAUCUACAACUGCGUAAAGACCCUGUGCUCGCGGAGGAUCAACAUGAUACAGACAGAGGAGCAGUAUGUCUUCAUUCAUGACGCCAUCCUGGAAGCCUGCCUGUGUGGGGAGACCAGCAUCCCCAUCAGCGAGUUCAAGCCCACCUACAAGGAGAUGGUGAGGAUAGAGCCACAGAGCAACUCCUCGCAGCUGCGGGAGGAGUUUCAGACCCUGAACUCCGUGACUCCUCACCUGGACGUGGAGGAGUGCAGCAUCGCCCUCCUGCCCCGCAACCGGGAGAGGAACCGCAGCAUGGAUGUCCUGCCGCCCGACCGAUGCCUUCCUUUCCUUAUCUCCGUGGAUGGAGACAGCAACAACUACAUAAACGCGGCCUUAACUGAUAGCUACACCAAGAGCGCUGCCUUCAUUGUCACCCUGCACCCGCUGCAGAACACCACCACCGACUUCUGGCGGUUGGUGUACGACUAUGGCUGCACCUCCAUCGUCAUGCUCAACCAGCUCAACCAGUCCAACUCCGCUUGGCCCUGUUUGCAGUACUGGCCUGAGCCGGGCCUCCAGCAGUACGGCCCCAUGGAGGUGGAGUACAUUUCCAGAGUGGCGGAUGAGGACAUCGUGUCCCGUCUCUUCCGAGUCCAGAACAUCACACGGUUGCAGGAGGGGCACCUAAUGGUCCGGCAUUUCCAGUACUUGCGGUGGUCAGCGUAUCGAGACACUCCGGACUCCAAGAAAUCCUUCCUGAACCUCCUGGCCCAAGUGGAGAGGUGGCAGAAGGAGAGUGGUGAUGGCAGGACAGUGGUGCACUGCCUGAAUGGAGGUGGCCGGAGUGGCACCUUCUGUGCCUCCACCAUGAUUCUGGAGAUGAUCAAGUGUCACAACAUGGCAGAUGUUUUCUACGCUGCAAAGACCCUCCGCAACUAUAAGCCAAAUAUGGUAGAGACCUUGGAGCAGUAUCAUUUCUGCUAUGACAUAGCACUGGAAUAUCUGGACUCCCUGGAGACCAGAUAGCACCUUGCCAGGGCAGCGGCAGCAAGGGCUUGCACAGGGGACAUGCCAACCAUGUGUUUCGCACUCGAACAUUGCGUUAGUGCUGAAGGUGAGGAGGGAAACAGCGAAGGAUCCGAUGAGAAAACCCAUCAGAACAAGAAAAAUGAAUGGACAUGGGGACGUUUUGGCUGCUCCCCAUUUUCAUCCUCUGCCUUCCAUCUUUUCUUCCUGCCCCAAAUGCAUCCGAGUGGCUGUAGGCUGAGUGCCACAACUUGUCCUGUCCGUGCUUUGCUUUGAGUCAUCAUUGUGGGGUCAACAUGUGCAGGAUGUGGCCCCACGGUGCUGCCUGGGUAUCUCUAAAGCAGCUGGAGAGGAGGCCAGGGUGGGGAGAAGGACAACAGAAGGAGUGGAGGCCGUUUCCCAGCGGGAAAGGAUGGAUAUUUGGAGAAGAUACGUUGCUUUUUACGUGGAGUUGAUGCUGCUCUUCCAAGGAGCCCAGACAGCUGCCGUCAGGUUUUGCCCUUGGUGUGGCCAUGCUCUGAGCCAGAGCAAGGACCCUGUGAGGAGAUCUUGAGUUUCUGCCUGUUCACACCAUGAGUUUGAUCUUCGUUUUUUGAGUUCUGUGAGUUGCAACCCUUUAUGUAUCCAGCCCUGGACAGAGCAGAGACGAGGGACAGGAGGUGGAUGUUUGGGCUUUGUGCCUGCCUGGUCUUACAAUGUGGUGCAGGGAACACUGGGGAUGCAAUGUCCCUCUGCAGGGACCGACCCAGACCCCUCCUGACGCCUUUGCGAAGCUUUUGAAGCGAUGGUUCUCUGCACUGUCUUCUCCAUCUGUAGCAAUUAAUUCAACCUGGGCUAACCCAAAGGCACUGCCCAUGGGUCCAUUUUUAACCCUUCUCGUGUGGAUCCCUACACGAGACACCUUCGGUGCGCGGGAACUAAAUCCUCAAAGUUCGGGUCCAUCCCAUAUGCCUCCUGGCUGCUGCCCCAAGGCUUUUGCUGGGGUUGGUGAAGCAGGAUGGUGGUUUUGGUGAUGGCAUUGAUGUGGGGCAAGCUGUGCUGAAGCCCUGAGUUGUGGCAGUGCUUUGAGGCUGGGCACAGGCAGUCCAAGCAUACCGGGGUGGCUAUUUGAAGGUACCUGAAAGUGUUAUGGCUUCAUCUUGCUCUGAUUGAGUGUAAGAUGUCACUUUUUAUAUCUGGGGUAAUAAUAAUUAUAGGCGUGUCUGCUUACUGGGGAGAGCCUGGUUGUAAUCGGGCUGCAGUCAGGGUUUUCUCUCCCUGCAAAUGGCCUCAAGAAGGUACAACCAGAGGGAUGCAGGUCAGGGAUCUGCCUUGGAGACCUAAGGAAACAAGGGGAGGUUGCUUCUGUCUUGAGGGGCCAGGCAGAACCCAUCAUAGUUAUUUUUGGGGGAAUGGAAGAGAACAGAUGAGAAAUGAUCCUUCGUAUGCUGGAAGUUGGAUGUGGGCAACCCUGUCCUUCCUCCCUCACAUCCUACAGCUCCAGCUCCUCAGGGCAGGGGAACCUUCCCCUCUCUGCCUUGUCUGGAGGCUGGGGAUCCCUCUCCCUGGGGAGCUGAGUUCAGACCCUAACCAUGACUCAGAGCUUUGGGAGAUGCUGUUUGGCCGGACCAAUCUGCAGCACAAAGGCUGCAGAGCCAUCAUUGUCGCACUCUGUAUGAGCAAACGCAGGAGAUAUUCCUAUCCACCUUCCAGGGGUGCAGGAGAGCAACAUGAGUGUCGUUUCCCCACCUUGGAGGAUGUCCCACCUGCUGCCUUCCAGACACCUGGGGGUGGUGAGGAGGAUUUCAGCAGCAUCUGGAGGUUUUACCCCAACACUUGGCUCUCCCAUGUGCUCGCCAAAGAAUUCGUGUGGCCAGACAAUAACUUAUUCCAAGGGCUCUACAACAUUAUUCCCCUUCAUGUUCACCCCUACUGUCGAACCCUGCCAUGUGCCCAUGCUGUCUUGUGACCAAAUAGUCUUUUACCCCACCAGAAUGGCCCAGUUACACCAGUACCUGGUCCCACCGUUACUCGCAUCACAAGCCUUGACUUGGAAUAAAUUAGCAUCCUUUUCCCUAUCCCCUUCUCUCUGUAGCCGUGUCUGUGCUGCCCCAGUAUGCGGCAGGGAAGGUGCUGUGUGGUGGGUGCAGAGAGAUUCCAGAGUGCAGAAGUUGUUUGGUUUUGUAUGAAAAUGUCUGAGCUGAACCUCUGAGAUUCCUGGGGAUGGGAUGUUGCACUGUUCAGCCCCAGCGCCUGGGGGCUGGAGGGACGAUGCUUCUUCAUCCUAGAGCCUGGGCCACCCGCGUCCUCCCUGGAGUCCGUGGGGAAGAAGCAUUCCCCAGUACUUUGCAGGUAAAGUGUGGCCAGAAAGGCCAAAAAAAAGCAAAAUUGAAACCCCAUUUACUCCUAAUGUGACAACAGAAAUAGGAGGAGUUGUAUAUAUGUUUUAAAAGCCAGAUUUUUUGGUUGGUUGGGGUUUUUUUUGGUAUCUCCUUGCUGGAUGUCUCGGGAGUUUUAGGACAUCUCUUGUGAAGGGCAGACUUUGAAAUCAAAGUGCUAUAAAACCCAACCCAUCUCCAACUCCUACUGAGAUGCUCAUGUGACAUGAGGCAAGGACAUCCUGUACAUAGAAAGAUAUAUAUAGAAAUAUAUAUAUAAAACUAUAAAUACUGUUCUUAAGAUGGAUAAUGUUUAUUGGUAUUACAGAUUGGAGUGUUUUUAUUUUAAUAAAAACAAAAUGACAACAACAAAAAAAAUAAGGUAAAACCUGAGAAAAACACCAAAUUGGAACGAUUUUGUCUUUAUGUGGAAAAAGUGCCCCCGAAAGCUGGCAGCAUCCAAGCGCUGCCGCCAAAGGGACUGGUACCAUGAGGGGGACGGUGCGGUGGGACAAAGGGAGGGGUGGCAAAGAAGGGACACAUCCGCUGUGGGUUGGACCGUGCACAUCCAGCUGUUGUUAACUGGGUUUUUAUUAUUAUUAAUAAUUAUUAUUCUUAUUUUUGGCUUUCUUUCCUUUGAAGAAAAUCGGUUGCAUAAAUAAAUGUUCCAAAUUUGUGAUGGCCUCUGGAUUUCUUUUGCUGUCUCUGAUCCAGGAGCUGUGAUAUAGGGAGGUACCCACCAGGAGUCUUGUAGAAAAGACCUCUGUAUUGGCCAUAUUUUGCUUUUUGAGGGUAUUUUAGGGGGGUGCAUUUGCAGGGUCAACUUCUAGGUCUGCAGAAACCCCAGAGGAGCCGUGUUUGCCCAUCACUACAAAGAGGAGGUGGGGUUGCUAUGUGCUUGCAGAGCUUUGCUGUGUGGUGAGAUCUUGGACUGGGCAAGACCUGCCAGCCACCCUGGAUGCCCACAACUUCAGGUGAAUCUUCCAAUGGGUGUUUCCCACUGCUGAAAAAGGUGUUACAAAGGAAGAAGAAACUCAGUGCAUUACCCAGGUGGAAAAUG